AAUAAAGAUGUAUUCCAUGUUGAUUUAUAAAAAACGAACACAUAAUUAAAAAAAGAUGCUACACGGAGCGGGUGUUUUUUUGUUAAUUAUUCACGUUUAGCAAUUAAGGUUUUAAUACUAUAAGUGAAACAUUUGUUAAUAAUUGGGUGGCCAAACUAGUUAAAAUAGUGCUUAGUGUCAAGGAGACAUUAAACAUUAAGAGGUAGAAGAAAUAUGCAGACCCAAGGCAUGUGUUGCAGCUAAUUUUAAUGUCUGUGUCUUAUUUGUGAAAUUUUUAAUUAAAUUAAGCUGAGAAACGAAAACAUGAGUCAAUUAAACGGCGUCAAUGUCUUGGGUUUUGGAACAUGGAAACUUCCUGCUAAUUCUUCAACUUCCGAUUUAAUUUAUAAAAUUAUUUGCGAAGGAUACAGGCAUAUUGAUUGUGCUAGUAUUUAUGGGAAUGAAAAAUAUGUUGGUGAAGGAAUUCAACGCGCUCUUCGGGAAGGAAUCGUUAAGAGAGAAGAGCUUUGGAUUACUUCUAAAUUAUGGAAUACCGAUCACGCUGAACAGCAUGUUGAGCCAGCAAUUCAGCGAUCUUUAAAAUUAUUAAAUUUAACUUACCUAGAUCUUUAUUUGAUUCAUUUUCCUAUUGCUCAAGCCUACGUGUGUCCUGAUUUUAACCCCACGCCAGGAUUUGUAAAUAGGGACGGAAAUAAAACGGAACUCGCCGCCAUACCUCUUAUGGAAACAUGGAGAGCUCUCGAAAAUCUGGUUCAUAAGAAGUUAACAAGAUUUAUUGGCAUCUCAAAUUUUGAUUUACAAUUAACGCAAGAUCUCUUAACAUAUUGUAAAAUUCGACCCUAUCUUUUACAAAUUGAAAUGCAUUUAUUUCUCAAGCAAGAGACACUUGCUGGCUGGUGUCUACAAAACCAUAUACAUGUUACCGCUUAUUCCCCUUUAGGGUCAGCUUCCUAUUCUGACGACUCGCAAGAAGAAUAUACAAUUAUGACUCAUCCGGUCGUUUUGAAUGUCGCUAAACAAAUGAAAAUGACUCCUGCACAGGUUGCAUUGAAAUGGAUUUUACAAAAAUCCCCACUCUUAUCAGUUCUUGUGAAAACAUCAAAUCUUGAACGAGCUCAAGAAAACCUUAAAAGUCUUUCUUUUUCUUUGACUCCUGAAGCAGUCGAAGAACUAAAUUCUAUCAAUUAUAAAAAACGCUAUAAUGAUACAAGUAAUUACACCUUAAAGUCUGGUUGGCUUCCUAUUUUUUGUGAUGUUUAGAAACCGAACACUCGUCACAGGGUUUAGAAACACUUUUAUGUUUAUUUUGCACUUUAAUUGGGUGUCCUAGUAGGAUAGUAGAAAUAGAAAACAUGGUGUUUAACUCUGCAGUUUUUAUUUUUUACUCAAAUGUUUCAAAACAAAAGUAUAAAAAAAUAU